UGCCCCUGGCCCCCUAUAAAUACUCUUCUAUUCUCUGUUUCUCUCUCAUCUCUCUUCUUCUCUCUACAAACGCUCCUUAGCUUUCUUGCAUUCUUCGCGCCAACAGGGAAGCCAACUAGUACGCAUUUAGUUCCUACUCGGAGAAGUUCAAAGUCCACUGGAAAUGGGAGCGUGUGCGAGCAAGUUCAAGGUGUUGAAGGACGCACCAGACGCUCCGCCGCCGGAGGAGUUGGUGCCGAGGGAGGUGAACUUGCCGGAGGAAAUUGUCAAGAAGGAUGACGUACCGGCGGAUGAUGAAGACAAGCGUCCUUCGCUCGGCCAUUUGUUCAAAGAGAAUGAAGGGGAGAAGGGCAAAGCAUCUGAGGAAGUAAAACAAGCAGAUGAUGCAACUGAGAAUAAGCCUCUAGAAAAUGAAAAUGUCAAAUCUCCCAAACAAGUUGCUGAUGCUCCAGUAAAUGAUGAAACAGAGAAAGCACCAGCAACUGAUGGCCUAGAGACCAAAACGUCAGAGGGCGUAGAUGUAAAACCAGCAAGCAAAAAUGUAGAAGCUGAUGCAUCACAGAAGAAAGCAGGAGAGGGACUGGCUGAGGCUACCGAGCUUGAAACAUCAGAGAAAGUAGAGACCCAUAAGACAGGAAAACCUGAGGAAAACAAACCAGAUGAGAAAUAUGAGGAUAAGAAACCUGAAACACCAGAGACUAAGAAAACCGAGGAGCAGAAACCAGCUUCUGAUGCAGAAAAAAAAAUAGAAGAGAAAGUGACCGAGACUCCGAAGCUUGAAAUCGCAGGAACGAAGAGAACCGAAGAGCAGAAACCAGGUUCAGAUGUGGAAAAGAAGAAAACAGAAGAGAAACCGGCUGAGAUUACAAAGACUACCACACCAGAAAAAGUAGAAGAUAAACAAGUUUUGGAGCCCCCAAAGCAGGACAAACCUGCAGAAGAGAAACCAGAUGAUAAAUCUGAAACACCAGAGAUGAAAGCCAAGGGGCAGAAACCAGCUUCAGAUGUAGAAAAGCCUAAAGCUGGAGAAGAGAAGCCAAAGAAGUGAUGAUAAGAGGACUUGUUGCAAAGAAUGCCGUUAUCCAACAUAGAAUCAGCUGGAGUUCAUGGGUGAUAAAUGCAGAAGAAAUUAAGCUGGUUAAGUGGGAGAGUGAGUGUAGUUCCGAUGUGUGACGAGUGUAUUCUUGACCUUUUCUUUUCGCAAAAUUAUUUCGUCUGUUUCCAUUGUUCAAUUCUUCCCCUCAUCUGAAACAAUGUUUUAUUAAUACCGUAUAAGCUGCCUACCUUCCAUUGUUUCCAAUGUGUUCCCAGGUAGCGUAAACUCCUGCCCUGUAAGACUUAUAACGUUGUUCAAGGAAACGAUUGGUAUUAUUACAACUA